AUGGGUCACCAGCAGCUCUACUGGAGCCAUGGGAGGAAGUUUGGCCAGGGCUCUUGUUCUUGCCGCAUCUGUUCAAACCUGCACCGUCUGAUCCAGAAAUACGGCCUCAAUAUGUGCCACCAGUGUUUCUGUCAUUACGCCAAGGAUAUAGGCUUCAUUAAGUUGGAUUAAGUGAACUCCCUUGAAUGGGUCAUCCAAGAUACCUACCUUAAUGCUGACUCAUUGUACAUAAAAUAA